CUCUCAUCUCUCUUCCAUUACCAUCGAUCGUAUUAAUAUGAGCAAGACUGCCGACAAGAAGAAGCUCACCGUCACCGUCCAGGAGCCCGAGGAUAUCACCGUCGCUAACACCGAUGUCCUCACCAAGUACAAGGCUGCUGCCGAUAUCACCAACCGCGUGAUUGCUCAGGUCACUGCUGCUUGCGUUGACGGAGCCUCCGUCUUGGAGAUCUGCAUCAAUGGCGACAAGGCUAUCGAGGAGGCGACCAAGACUGUCUACACCAAGGGAAAGAUCAGCAAGGGUGUCGGCUUUCCUACUUCGCUCUCGGUCAACAACAUCAUCUGCCACUUCUCCCCUCUUGCCUCUGAUCCCGAGGCUGACCAGAAGUUGAAGACUGGUGAUAUGGUCAAGAUUGAGCUUGGUGCUCAGAUUGAUGGAUUUGGUGCCAUUGCUGCCACUACUAUCGUUGUUGGUGCCUCCAAGGAGAACCCUAUUAAGGGCAAGCAAGCAGAUGUCCUCAUGGCUGCCCACCAUGCUGCCGAAGCUGCUGUUCGCUUGAUCCGUGCCGGCAAUGCCAACACUCCUGUGACUGACCAUGUUCAACGCAUUGCUGCUGCCUAUGGUUGCAAGCCAGUCGAGGGUAUGCUUUCUCACCAGCAGGAGAAGAAUGUUAUUGACGGCAAGAAGCAGAUCAUUCUCAAUCCCACUGAAGGCCAGCGUCAGGACUUUGAGAAGUGCACCUUUGCUGAGAAUGAGGUCUACUGUGUCGAUAUCAUGAUCUCCUCAGGCGAUGGAAAGAUCAAGAGCAGCACUACUCGCACCACCAUCUACAAGAAGACUGCCACCAACUAUAGCUUGAAGAUGCAGACCUCACGUGUUGUCCUGUCCGAGAUCACUAAGAAGUUUGGUCAGUUCCCCUUCAACUUGCGCUUGAUGGAUGAUGAGCGCAAAGCCCGCAUGGGUCUUUUGGAGUGCAUCAAGCACAACGUUGUCAACGCAUAUGACGUCAUGGAAGAGAAGGAUGGCGAAUUUGUUGCCCAGUUCUUGUUCACCGUCUGCGUCAUGCCUUCAGGUCCUCUCCGCAUCACCAACACCCCCAUUGACCUCGAGAUCAUUCAGUCGGAGAAGAAGAUUGAGGAUGAAGAAAUUUUGAAGCUUUUGGCUUCUGAGAUCAGGCCCAAGAAGAAGAGUGCCAAUAAGAAGAAGAAGGCCGAUGCUGCUGCUGCUGCUCCUGCUGAAGAGAAGAAGGACGAAUAGACAUGUUAAUGGAAGGUCGUCCUUUAUUUUUGAUCAAAUAAUAAUAAAAAAACCAAAUAAGAUGAUGCGAGUGUGAUUACGAUUUCAAAAAGAACAGGAGAAAAA